AUGGACGACGAACAUAACGAGAUGGAACACGACGCUAACAGUAGUGAUGAACAGACGGAUGAUGCGAGCGAAGGUGAAAUGUGUUCCUCAAUCAUUGAUCCACACAAUGGAGAAUCGCUUGCACAGCAGCUUUAUCGGGAACGAGAUUUGCUGGGACAGUUAGAACUGGCCAAACAACGCAAGCAUCCGGAAUAUUUAAAAAUUAUGCAGCGUCUUAAAAAAAAAUUGAAUGAUCGGCUGGUACUGCACGAGAUUAAACGGGAUGCAGCGCUAGCCAGCGUUCAUCGUGACUGUCUGCGUGAGAAGGCUGCCGCCGAGCAAGAAUUUGCUGAGAAGGAAGCGGAAAUGUUGGCCAGUUUUAUUGCCGAUUUGGAACAGAAAAAGAAAAAGUUGAGACAGGAGAUUGAUAUUGAAGCGAUGGGGCUAACCGGAGGUGAGGCGAGCUUUUCUCAGCAAACGAGAACUCGACAAAUGCGCCAGCGACUAAACGACACCAUUCCUGUAACGGAGCCGUUCAGCAUUGAAACGUUUCUUAAACAGAAUGUUAUGCUAAGCAAGGAGGAAAUCGAACAUGAUCUAAUGUUAAUUCAGGCUGGUAUUCAGGUUAGCAAGCCAUCAGAUGGACCGUGA